UCUGGGAAAUCCCGUUAUCCCUUGUCCAAGAAAUAUUGUGCGAAGUUCGGUGGGACUGCGCCAUUUUAUGUUUUGGUCUUGGUCCCUGUCGUUUGUAGCGUUUUUGAUCAACUCUGAGAGCUGUAACCAGGAAGAUCUUGGAGAAAUCUGGUUGUCACCACAAGCCCAAGGUGGCAGAGCAUCAAGAUGGACACCACUAUUCCAUAUCAUGCUGGUCUCAUGCUUGGACGAUCUGUAGACAUGAGGUCUCUGCAGUUGGGAUUUUUCAAUUCCAGUCAAGAGUUCACUCCUGUUGCUCCUGAGGUGAACUUCACAAACAACAAGUUUUGUUUUGCUAACUCUCUGAAAGAUGUUUGUGACGUCCUCGAGGUCGCUCCAGAAUAUGCUCUCAAGGUCAAGGCUGGUAUUAUUGAAAAUGAGACUGUGUCUGCCUGUAUGAAGAGCCUUGGGAAAAGGGAUACUGUUUGCCUAAUUUUUAGGCAGACUUUCUUGCACAAAAAGGAGUAUGUGCCACAGGAGUUUGUGCCGCAUCUAAAGAAGUCAGAGCCUGACAGCCCCAUGAAAGGAACACCCGGUGUAAUGUCCUCACAAAGUCCUGAGAGUCUUAUUGCUGAUGCUGUAAUGACAGAGAAGUCGGAGAUGGAUCAAACCAGUCUGAAAACUUCUGGUGAUGGUGAUGAAGCGGACAAGGAGGAGGCCAACACUUUGGUCACACUGGAUGCAGCAAUGGCAGACUGUAGUUUAGAACACAUUCAACCAGUGGUGCCAGAGAGCUUAGAGGAAGGUCAGACUGACAGCUCUGCGGUGCACAACAGUGUUGAUAGCUCUAGUGUCCACUCCUCUGUUGCUGGUGCUACGGCGUUGAGAGGCAAUGAUAAAGACACUCACUUUGUGAUGGCUCGAGAGAUUGGGAAUGAGCAGAUCAUCAUUUUGAGGAUUGCGUCACAAAAUAUGGAGAACCUGUUGAAAGUAUAUGAAAAGUUGGCACAUAGCUUGGGUUCGUCUCAUGGUCAACUAGACAGCACAAGGAUUGAACGACUAUUGAAGGUUGCCCCAAAAGUGGAUGAGAAACUCUCUAAAAGGCAUUACCAAGACAUGAAAGUGGAUAUCGAGUACUGUGUUUUGGAUGAGCUAGAAGUUUACCCGCUUUCUGUAUCUGGAAUGAUGAAAACCAUUGACACAUUCAGUGACAAAUGUGUUGGCUGGACAGAGAAAUGCAAAGAGAAUGUCCGAGUGACUGUGGAUCAGCGCUUCAUGUCUGUACACUUGGGAGACUUCAAAGAAGAAAAGUCGAGAUUUCAGGCUUUCAAAGAGACAUUUUCAGGUUUUGCGCCCUUCGGUACACCAUCAGCUGUCAGCCAGGAGAAACAGCCUGUAAUGUACACAGCAUCUUCCUCUGCUGUAGAUGACGACCAUGACAGUUUUAUUGUGUUAGAUUCUGCACCUUCCCUUUUCUACACACUGCGGGUGACACUGCGGUCAUAUGAAGAUGACCUUUCUCCUGAUGGAGACAAAAGUUUCACCUCUCUAGCCUUAAACCAGUAUCCUGAGUCAACAUAUAGCAUGUUCAUCGACUUGUUCAAUGCUAUUGGCCAGUGUCAGACAUCUGUGGAGAGGAUAUUGGGUUUCCUUUCAAGCUCCAGAUUUCUGCUUGAGAACCGAAGUGAUGAAGCAAACCAAGUUUUGAAAAGUAUCCAAGGCAUGCAUAUGGCGGUACAGGCAGCCAUACAAAAUCUGGACUUUGUGAAUGUUCCUGAUGAUUCUUCCUUGAAGGACAUUACCAGUGCUAAUCCAGUAGCCACUGUGGAGUCAUAUAUCGAGAAUGUGACCUCGAAACUCCCUCCUGGUCUUGACCUUGACCUGCUUAUGGUUGGCAAAACCGGACAUGGGAAAAGCGCCACUGGCAACUCUGUGCUGGGCCAGAGGAAGUUUAAGUCGUCAGCAAGUGGGGACUCGGUGACUCAGAAAACUUCCGUUGGUUAUGCAGACAUUGACGGCCGUGUCAUCAAGGUGGUGGACACGCCUGGUGUGUGCGACACAGGUGUGUCAACAGAAGAGGGCUCGUUUGAUCUGGCUAUUCGCUCUAUCAGUGACGCCAUCGCUCAUUGUCCUCAAGGUUUUAAUGCUCUCUUGCUUAUUAUUCGGUUCGGUGUUCGCAUGACGGAUGAGGAGAAGAAAGCCAUCGCACUGUUGAAGUGUGUAUUGGGCCAAGAUGUUGUGAAGUCGCACUGCGUGUGUGUCAUUACCCAUGGCGACAACUUCAAAGUAGAAAUGAGAGACCAGCAAACCUUUGAGCAUUGGUGUCGCAAUCAGAGUGGCUUCCUCAAGUCUUUGUUUGAGGAGUGUAACUACAGGUGUGUGUUGUUCAACAAUAUGACACAAGACCAGAAAGAGAAAAAGGCCCAGCUGAUCCAGCUGAUAAACAAAGUGGACUCCUUCCAGGGCCAGGGCACCCGAUACACAAACUCCAUCUUUGAAUUCGCUCAGCGUGAACGUGAAAGGAUUAUCUCUGAGCAGAAGGCGCCGCAAGUGAAUGAGGAAACGAUGAAAGACAUCCAGCUGAUCCUUGAUUACCUCAACGGUAUGGUGGCCAAUGCUGGUCAAGCUGAAAUAUAUGAAGAAGAACUUGCUGCUUUGAAGGCUCGAGUAGACAACUUGAACAAUCGUGUGUCUGAGGCUGAGGAUGACCAGCUGAAAGGCCUGGUGGACACAGUUUUUACACUGGCCGGGGCUGUCCAUGCCAAGAUGGACGAGAUUGCUGACCGCUCAAAGCCAGACUCUCCGGACAGGUGUUCUGACGGGACCAACUGUAAGUCAGAAGACACAAGUACACCAUCCAGUGGCGUGGAUCCCAGCUCGGGCACUGCCGAUGGGCAGGGAAACGGUCAAGCUGGCAACAGCAAUGAUGAUUUUGAUAAUUGCAGAAGGGAUCUUCAGCUGUACUAUGACACACAGGUUUCCCCACAAAACAGUGUGGUGAACAAUCAGGUGGCAGACGCUGUCAAUGAAAACAUCCAGAACGAUGAAGAGAAGAAAUGUUUCCCUGGUCAGGCUCUGGCUACUUUCCCUGAUGGAAUGCAAGUGCCUGUGAGGCAAGUGAAAGUUGGGGACCUGGUGCUUGUCAGAGAUGCUGGAGGGUGUCUGAAAUAUGAUGAGGUCUACAUGUUUGGCCACAAAGACGAGGGUGCCGUCUCCGAGUUUGUGAUGCUGUUGACAGAGACAAAGUCUGUCUGUGUGAGUAGUGAACACAGCGUGUACUGCUCACGGGCUGGCCAGGAAAUGUGUGUUGCUGCUGGUAAUGUAAGAGUUGGGGAUGAGCUUCUUGUACUGGACGCUUCGUCUGCACGUCUGGUGGCCGAGCCUGUGGUGAGUAUUGGGUUUGAGAAGAAGCAAGGAUUGUUUGCUCCGUUUACCCUGAGCGGCUCUAUCGUGGUGGACGGGACUCUGAUGUCAUGCUACGUGAACUCCCCGGCCCCUGCCACCGCCCAUGCUCUGCUGUGGCCAGUGCGACGACUGUACAAGUUGUCUCCCUGGAUGCUGGAGUUUAUCAGCGGCUCUAGCAAACAGGACACUAUUCCUUGGUGGGCUAGGGCCGCUCUCAGGUUUCUGUAGAAGAGAACUGUUUGACCCCCAUGAACCUGGUCGUGCACAUUUGAAUCAGUAUUGGAAGUCUUUCAGAAUCUUGUUUGUGACCUGUAAUUACAUAGUUUCUGACAUGUUGCAGAUCUGUAUCUGUGUGUUGAAGCCCAAAAUGCAUGACUAGGGUCAACCCUGAACUAGGCCCUACCUGACCUGUCUUCCUUGAAUUAUUUUAUCCUUAAAAUAUUAAGUGAAACCCUUUCAAUUUGAAUUAACUUCAGCUGUAUUUUUGAUGAACUUGUACUGUUGAAGCAUUGUCGGAAACUUUAACUCCUUAUCUCUGACAAGCAGCUCUCAGUGGGUAGACCUACAUUCUUUUACGAUGACUUUGAUGUCAAAUUAUUAUUGGCAAUUGCCAAAUUACCAGGAGUUCUUUCAUUAGAUGAAGAACUAUGAAAAAAGGUUGUCUUGUUUUGAGUUAAGGAUCAAUUUAGUGAUGUAUAUGUGGCUUUUAGAUUUUGUGCCCAAGGAGUGCCCCAGCGUAGGAGAUAAAGAGCCUCAGAGAUAAAAAGUGAAAGACGUUUAAAAAAAAAAAUAAUAGAAUCAUCUUUCAUUUUCAUCUUCUAUAACUUUCAUUGUUUAAUUUUUCAAGCAAUUUGCACCUGCUUUACGCCACAUGUUCUCUGAAUUGUGUUGUUUAAGAAACUAAAGAACUGAAAAAUAACAUGUUGGAGAUUAUGACGCUAUGGGUCACUUUUCACAAGAUGUUGGUAAGUCCUGUGAUCAAGGGACCUAAUGGAGAUAUGCUCUAGAGAAAAUCUUAUGGAGAUUACUGACUGCAAUUGGUUUUUUCUCUAUUUGGGUUGAGAUCUGAUGUAGACAAAAAUGUUCAUGUCCAGGGUCAUGCUAAAGGUAUAAAGAGCUACUCUGUUGUACAUUACAUCUGUAGGAGAGUCUUUUCUUUUUUUGCACAAAUCAAGUGUUUGUUAUUAUCAUUUAUAUAUAUGGAACAAAUAUCUCAUGAAUCCCUUUUUGGUUAAAACCAGUAUAUUAUUAUUAACCUUCAAGGUUGUUAAAUAUAUCGCGAACAAUCUGUUUUGUUCAUGAUAAGAAUUUUUAAAAAAUUGUUGGCAAUUGAAAGGUUUGAUCUGUCAACAAUUACUUUUUUGCUUUUAGAAAAAAAAUCAUGCUUGAUUAUAGAGAAAAAGAACUAAGCUAGUGGUACAAAGGAGAAAUUACAGUGCUUUUUUUGCCUGCUUGGUCAUUAAGAUACCUUCUGGUCUACAUUUCAAGUCUGUUAGUUUUGUAUUUUAUUGGGGUCUGAUAGGACAAAGCCGACUGGGCAGAGAGCCUUCCAAAUUCUCCAGAAGUGCAGGUUAAAGAAUAUCUUGUAGGGCUUCUGACCAUGGUCAUCUGCAUUAGGUCCAGCAUGGUGUCAGUUUAGCAAAAGGUGUGUUCAACCUAUCAAAUGUGUGUCUAUGACACCUAGCUGUACAUCUUGAAUACCCUUUUUUCUCUAAGUGUGAGAGACUAGCUAAAUAGUCCAAGUUUUUUUACAUCAAGGAAAAAAAAAGUUUCUUUAAUGGGACAGGAAACACUAACUAGAGUUGAGAAAGAUUGGAUUGCUAUAAAUAACAGCAAGUUGCCUUUGAGAGGUGGAUGGAAGCAUAGCUCUAUGUUUCCUUUUGUGCAAACCUUCAAAAUUUUACUGAAAUUAAAUUUUUUUGAUGAAUCAUAAUGAAAGUAAUACCAAAAGCUCACAUUUUUAUUUUAUCUCAUGAAACACCUUCGAGUAAUAUAUGCUAGAGUGUCAGUUGAAGUCUUACUUUAUAUACAUAGGCAAGGGAUAUAAAAGAAAACAACAUAAAAACCCAAGUACGGAAAGAUUUCUUUUUUGAUUUGUAUCAGAUGAACAUAUAUUUUUUUUAGAACCUGCUAGUGAUAGGUUGAGCUUUGAACACAAAAGGCCAUGAUGUAUUCUUUUGGUUUUUGUUUCUGUUGAACUAUACACUUACUGGGAGCGAAGGUUCCUUACUGUCGAACCUGCUAUAAUGAUCACUAGUCUAAGAGAACCACUUGUACAAGUGACUGCUUCCCAUUCCCCCUCUUGCAAUUUUUUUCACGUUAUAAUGACACUGUUCAAGACACCCACCUGUCUGAGACAAGCACAUUUCUGCUCGACAAUGGGUGGUGGUCCCGGACAAAUUGGACUGUUUUGCUGGAUUGGUUCUUCCACUGAUAGAUUAAUGCUAAAGGGAGGCUAAUAAAGGAUAAAAGAUAGAUGCUUAGCCAGCACCAGGGAGAUUUUAGGGUACGAGUGUUGUUUUUCCUCUGAGGAAGUCUUGCGGCCAGUUGGUGGGUCUGCAAAUUGUUUCUAUCCCUUCCUUGCUUAGGGUUGACAGUAUUCCUCACGUGUGAAAUUUUAUUUAGAGUAUUAAAAUAACUCUUUGGGAGAACGGUGACUUCUGAAAGUUAUGUGGUGACGUUUAAAGUUUAUGAUGAUUUCACAGCCUUAUUUUGGGAAAAUUAUUGAGAAACCUCUAUAUUAUUCAUUUAUACAUUGUAGAUGUAGAUAUUUUGUUGUCAGAUCUGUGUUUUGUGAAAUUCAAAUGUACUUUAGCUUAGACAUGUAAAUUUUCCUAGAACUGUUUUGUUUGUAUGUAACAAGAGUUUUUUCCAGUCAUAUAACUGAAAAAAACCAUCUCGUAUAUAUACUAUAUAUAUGCAUGACACAUCAAAUGUAUCGGCCCUUCAAAUGUAAAAAUGGCUCUAUCCCAGAAGUUAUUUGAUUUUAAUUUCAAAAGAAUAGGUCCAAAUUUUUAAGACUUGCCCUAAAGCUUCCCAAUCCUUUUUUAAAAUGUGCUCCAUAUUUUAUACGGUGAUAAAUGUACCUGUCAUAAUGUGCAAAUGGUUGAGAAUCCCAGAACAUUUAAGAGGUUCACUUCGUUUGAUUUAAUGACCCAUUUAGUGAUGUUUUUGUCUUUUUUAUUAGAUUUAGUACCAAAAAAGGGCCCUGGCAUGGUGGGUUUACCUCCCUCUGACAUAGAAAGUUAAUCCUGUUGUGACAUGGACACACCUGCCCAAGCCUGGUUUCGAGCCCAAGGUCAGACUUCCUCCUGUCCUGUGCAUGAGAAACUGACAACACUCCUACACUGGUUUGUCCAGUAAACCAUCUGUGCUCAGAAGUCCACCUUCAACGUUACCCAUGGGUUUUGUUAGUGCCAUGCUUAUUUGUUUAUCACUUAAAACUGUAAUGAUUUUUUAUGUCUCUCUAUGGUUAUUGUCAUUUCACAGGUCUAAAUCAUUUUUAGAUUUUUGAGAAAAUUAAAGGAAAAAAAA